AUGAAUUCCAAGAAUAAGUCAUCGUCGAAUAUAGGUGACGAUAAUCUUGGAGACUAUUUGCAAUAUUCGAAUCAAUCAUCUCAAAGCUCUAUAACGGCAUUUCUAGCUAAACUAUGGUCGCUUGUUAAUGAUUCGUCGUGUAAUGAUCUGAUUGCUUGGGAUCCAUCCGGUUCAUCGUUUCAUGUUUUUGAUCAAGCACGCUUUGCAAGAGAAAUUCUCCCAAGAUAUUUUAAACAUAAUAAUUUCGCAUCUUUUAUACGUCAAUUGAAUAUGUAUGGUUUUCGGAAAUUGUCGACCAUUGAGCAUGGCUCAUUGAAAACUGAAAGAGAUGAUAUUGAAUUUGCUCAUUCAUAUUUUAUCAGAGGACAAGAAUCAUUGCUAGAAUUAAUAAAAAGACGUGCACCCGAAAACCAACAAAAAUCUAAUACACAAGGAGGUUCUCAUCCAUCAUCUGCACUUGUUUCAGCAAGUAGUGUAGAAUCAAACUCCAAUCAUCAACCAGAAUUGAUCCAUGUACUUGAAGAUGUAAGACAUUUACAAACGAAACAGACAUCGUUGAGUGACAAACUGUCAUAUCUGCAAAAUGAAAAUGAAGCAUUAUGGAGUGAAAUAGGUUCAUUAAGACAGAAGCAUACUAAGCAACAACAAAUUGUUUCAAAAUUAAUGGAAUUUCUUUUACAUUUUCUUACAAACCAUUCGGCACAGUCUACUGGACAAUCCGUUGUACAAUCACUUCAAAAAGAAGUCAUACCUACUCAUUUUGUUCAUCUCAAACAAACAAAUAAUUUACAGCAUCCGAAUAGUUCUCCACUAUUUAUGAGUGAUCAAGGUGUAUCACCAAAUACUCUUAAACGGAAACAAGCUGCACUUAUGCUUACUGAAGAACCAAAUAAGCGAAUCACAAUGCAACAACAACAACAACAUCAACGAUUCUCAAAUCCAGUUAAUAUUGGCCGACAACAGAGUGUAACAAUCAAUGAAUUGACAGACAAUGAUGUCGCUGGAUGGAUGCAAACAGCAAACGCAUCACCAUUAGUCGAUCUUGUUCCAUCACCACCACCACCGCCACCAUCAUCAUCAUCAUCAUCAGCAGCAGCAGCAGCACACAAUACAGAGGAUAAUUAUCAACACCAACAACAAUCGAAUGACUAUCAAUGGGCUGCUUCGUCAACAAAUGAAUUUCUUACGUCGAGUCUCAAUGAAUCGAAGAAUCUUUCACAAAAAAAUAAAACUAUCCCACAGAUUAGCGAUGGAAAUAGAUUUGUACCAGAUUUUAUCUUGCGAACAGAUAAUAUUAAUGAAAACACAAAAAACAUUGGGCUGACAUAUGGAAAUAAUCCGAGAGAUAUUAAUGCGCCCCUCGAAAAUUCGAUAAAAGCAAUUUCGAUUCCCGGACUAUUAAAAGAAGAGCAAAUUGAAUUUCCAAAUGUCUUUCAAUCAAGUCAUGCUGAUGAAUUUAAAAUAUCUCCGACAUUAAAUUCAACAUUAUAUCCACAAACUCCGCAAGAGCUUAAACUAGAUACACCUUCUGAACAACUCAGUUUUUCACUUGAUGAUAUAACAGGCGAUGUUGAUCAUAUUCAAUCGUCACUUGACAAUAUCCGUGAAUUAAUGUUUGAAACUCUGCCUGAUGGCACAUCUAUCGAAGAUCUAUUUGGUGAAGAUAAUGGAUUACUUUCGCCACUUUUACAAUCGACCACAAACGAUAAUCAAACAGAAGAUUUACUUUUAGAAAAUCUUUCCGACUCGACAAUACUCGCAGGUAAUAAUAAUAAUCAAGACCAAACUAAUACAGCAAUAAACUCUCAAUCUAUUCCGAACGUUCAUAAUCAAUUACUUGAACAAUUAAUAACAGAAACAGCUAAAGUUGAAGAACAACGCAAUACAAUAGAACAACUAGAACGUGAAAAAUCCAAUUUAACUGAUAAACUUUACAUGCUCGAAAAGCAAACAAAUCAAAGAAAAUAA